UUGCUGCUGCUGCUGCUCCAGGUGCUGCCGCCCGGGGCUGCGGCAGGGCCGGGGCGCCGGGGCACGCGGGGCUCCGCCGGCGGCGGCGUCUGCUGGCCCGGCGCUGCCCCUGCCUUUCCCCGGGACGCGCGGCUGCUGCUGCUCCUGCCGCCGCUGCCGCCGCUGUCGCCGCCGCCGCGGAGCUCCGCGCCCGCAGCCUCCGCCUCCCGGAUGGACACUCUGCCCCGCGGCGGGCUGAACCUGAAGGAGGAGCCGCUGUUGCCCGCCGGCUUGGGCUCGGUGCGCUCCUGGAUGCAGGGCGCGGGCAUCCUGGACGCCAGCACCGCGGCGCAGAGCGGCGUGGGCCUGGCGCGCGCACAUUUUGAGAAGCAGCCACCCUCCAACCUCAGGAAAUCCAACUUCUUCCACUUCGUGCUGGCCAUGUAUGACCGACAGGGGCAGCCUGUGGAGGUGGAGCGCACGGCCUUCAUCGAUUUCGUGGAAAAGGACCGAGAACCUGGGGCUGAAAAGACCAACAAUGGAAUCCACUAUCGCCUCCGGCUGGUGUAUAACAAUGGACUUCGGACGGAGCAGGACCUCUAUGUGCGCCUCAUUGACUCCAUGUCCAAGCAGGCAAUCAUCUAUGAGGGGCAAGACAAGAACCCCGAAAUGUGCCGCGUGCUGCUCACCCAUGAGAUCAUGUGCAGCCGGUGCUGUGACCGGAAGAGCUGUGGCAAUCGGAAUGAGACGCCUUCUGACCCGGUCAUUAUUGACAGGUUCUUCCUCAAGUUCUUCCUCAAGUGCAACCAGAACUGCCUAAAGAAUGCAGGGAAUCCCCGAGACAUGCGCCGCUUCCAGGUGGUGGUAUCCACGACAGUGAGUGUGGACGGACACGUGCUGGCCGUGUCCGACAACAUGUUUGUGCACAACAACUCCAAGCAUGGUCGCAGGGCGCGCCGGCUGGACCCCUCUGAAGCUGCCACCCCCUGUAUCAAGGCCAUCAGCCCCGGGGAGGGCUGGACCACAGGAGGCGCCACCGUCAUUGUCAUCGGUGACAAUUUCUUCGACGGAUUGCAGGUCGUGUUCGGGAACGUGCUCGUGUGGAGCGAGCUCAUCACGCCCCACGCCAUACGGGUUCAGACGCCCCCGCGGCACAUUCCCGGGGUGGUGGAGGUGACCCUGUCCUACAAGUCCAAGCAAUUUUGCAAGGGAGCCCCCGGCCGUUUUGUCUACACAGCCCUGAAUGAGCCCACCAUUGACUAUGGAUUCCAGAGGCUACAGAAAGCCAUCCCCAGACACCCCGGAGAUCCCGAGAGGCUGCCCAAGGAAGUGCUGUUGAAGCGGGCGGCCGACUUGGCGGAGGCCCUGUACGGAGUGCCCAGCAGCAACCAGGAGCUCCUCCUGAAGCGCGCGGCCGACGUGGCCGAGGCUCUGUACAGCGCCCCACGCGCGCCUGCGCCGCUCGGACCCCUGGCCCCGAGCCACCCGCACCCCGCCGUCGUGGGCAUCAACGCCUUUAGCAGCCCGCUGGCCAUCGCCGUCGGGGACGCCACGCCGGGCCCGGAGCCGGGCUACGCGCGCAGCUGUGGCAGCGCGUCCCCGCGCGGGUUCGCGCCCAGCCCCGGCUCUCAGCAGAGCAGCUACGGCAGCGGCCUCGGUGCGGGCCUCGGCGGCUACGGGACACCGGGCGUGGCCGGCCUAGGCGUGCCCGGGUCCCCUAGCUUCCUCAAUGGCUCCACGGCCACCUCGCCCUUCGCCAUCAUGCCCUCUAGCCCCCCGCUGGCCGCUGCCUCCUCCAUGUCCCUCCCGGCCGCUGCCCCCACCACCAGCGUCUUCUCCUUCUCGCCUGUCAACAUGAUCUCCGCUGUCAAACAGAGGAGCGCCUUCGCCCCCGUGCUGCGCCCACCCAGCUCCCCACCCCAGGCCUGCCCGAGAGCCCACGGAGAGGGACUUCCAGACCAGCCUUUUGAGGAUUCCGACAAGUUCCACUCUUCAGCCCGGGGGCUUCAGGGCCUGGCAUACUCCUAAUCAUGGUCUGCCAGUGUUGCCCCCACUGAACCCGGACUGGAGGUCCCUCUGGGAUACACACUCACGUCCUGGAUGGCAGCACAGACAGACGCUGAGCCAGGGCUUCGGGCGGACAUCCACCCAAAGGCCUGAACAGGCCACCCUGUGCUUGAGGCCUCCAGUCCCACAGGCUUCUCUCACCUCCCUUCCUCGGGGCUGGUCGGAAGCCUUAGCACUGUGCUGAUGCUCUCAGCAGGAGAGCAUCCCAGGGAGGGUCCCGGGAUGCUGGGUUUUCCUCACUGGGUCAGUUCCUCUGGAAGAGAUGAACCUUGUGCAGACCGGACCAUCAGGCGACAGGAGCAGGGGAUGGGGACCAUGGGGAAGAGGACAGCUCAGGGAGAAGUGGCCUGGGGAGGUCCUGUUUGUGUCUGACCCAUCUCAGCUGGCCCAGCAUCCCGACCUUGCUCCAGGGCAAGAGGUGGUGCCCAGCAGCCUCCCAAGGCCUGCCCAGGCUCCCAUGGAGCUUCCAAUGGCUGCUCGAUCCCUGUGGCUGCCCCCUCCGAGGCCCGCACACUCAUGCUUGCCACAUAUGAAUCCCACCAGGGGCUUUGGGCAUGGAGUGUGCAGAAGAGGGAGUGCCAAGCCCCCUAAAUGGUGGGUCUUCCUCCCCAUGGCUAUCUCAUGGACUCUGGCCCCAUUCACAUAUGACUCUGGCUGGCCCCAUAGUACCAUGGAAUUGGCCUAGCUGCCACUGGCCUCACAUUCUGCUCUGCUGAGGUUGGAGAAAACAGAACAAUAAACACAGCUGCAGGUGGCCACCUGGCCUCUCUGGCCUGCUUCCUUGG